AAACCAAAAUCGAAAAUGAUGGUUCGGUUAGGAUUGUACCGGUCAUCUCCCUCCCCAAAUCAAAACCGUUCCUCCUCCUUAUCGCGACUCUCUCGUCGUGUUCAAAAUCAAAUCAUUGUAGAAGAGACGAGGAGGAUGAGGUUUUGCUUAAUUUCUCCGCCGAUUCCUCUUGCGCCCGUCUCCAAUCUGAGUUAUGGGCGUCACCGUAGUCUCCGAAUUUGCGCCACUGCUGACGACGGAGUGGAAGCUCCCCAGGAGGAGGUUCAAACCGAAGAAUCUCCGUCCCCUUCUGCACUCGGUAAAGACUUGAAAAAGGUGGUUAACAAGACUGCGGCAACCUUUGCCCCUAGGGCCUCCACCGCCAGUAAAAACCCAGCUCUCCCUGGAACUACUCUUUACAAAGUUUUUGAGGUUCAAGGAUAUGCAUCCAUGUUGGUUGGAGGUGUCCUCUCUUUCAAUCUCCUCUUUCCCUCCACCCAACCUGACUUGUGGAGGUUGAUGGGUAUGUGGUCCAUUUGGAUGUUCACUAUUCCUUCUCUUCGUGCACGGGACUGCCCUGCUAAAGAGAAAGAGGCUCUUAACUAUCUUUUUCUCCUCAUCCCUUUACUCAAUGUUGCUAUCCCCUUCUUCUGGAAGUCCUUUCCUCUUGUCUGGUCUGCUGAUACCCUUGCCUUCUUUGCUAUGUAUGCUUGGAAGCUUGGAUGGCUGGAAAGAACCGAGUAGAGGAUUGGAUUAGAGACUUCUGAAGAUUCUAUCUCUUCUCUUCCUUUAGAAUGAAUGAUGAUUCUCCAUUCAGCUUCUCUGUUCCCAUGUAUAGCUUAUUGAAUAUUCAAGGUAUGUACGUGGGUUUUUUUAGGCAAACGAAUGUGUACAUUGCUAAAUAUUGGCAACCCCCUUAUGUAAUAUUCAUAGACUUCUGAGAUGCUUUGUUUGUUUCUUUUCUGGGAAAUACAAAUAUGCGAGUCCAUUAUAAGUACAUUUUUUCUUAUCAA